AUGUCCCCAAGCGCCAUCAACGAGGGCUUCCCCAGCCCUUCCACCAUACCCACCACAACAGUGGUGGUAGUAGGCGCUGGCCCCUCGGGCUUAAUGCUAACAAACAACCUCCUCCGUUACGGCACACCGGUAAUUCUCCUCGACGACCGCCCGACAGCUACAUCAACCGGAAAAGCAGACGGUCUGCAGCCUAAGACCAUCGAAACGCUAAAACAGCUGCGACUGUCGGAUGAGUUGCUCCGCAAUGGGGCCAAGGUGUAUGAUAUUUGUUUUUGGGAAUCCACCCCCCAAAACCCAACCCUCAACCGCACAUCCCGCCAAACGCACUACCCGGACCAUCUGGUCGGCGCCUCAGACCCAUACAUUCUGCUCGCGCACCAGGGCAUGCUCGAGGAUGUCUUGAUCAAGGAUAUAGAAGAAAGAGGGGGCAGUGUACAGCGGAACAGUCCAUUCGUGUCUGUUUCUAAGACAUCAGACGGGAGUGGAGAACUCGAAGUUAUCUACAACGACAACACAACAAAUACCCAAAAACCCAUCCGCACGAAAUAUCUUGUUGGGUGCGACGGCGCAAGGUCCAAAGUCCGGGACUUCAUUCCUGGGGCGCAGUUAGAGGGCGAGAUGAGUAAUGCUUCUUGGGGAGUUCUGGAUGGAAUCAUCGAUACCGACUUCCCCGACCUCUGGAGCAAAGUCGCCGUUCGCUCGCACACAGCAGGAUCUAUUCUCUGGAUUCCCAGGGAACGCGGUAUGACGCGGUUAUACGUUGAGCUUAGUUCCACGGACGGAGAGAGGGUCGAUAGAGCCAAGGCGACGCCGGAGUACGUUAUGGCUAGGGCGCGAGAGGCGAUGCAGCCUUUCCGAUUGGAGUGGAAGUUUAUCGAAUGGUUCGGCAACUACGUCGUUGGCCAACGCGUCGCUCGUCGGUUCAGCGAUCCCGAAAAUCAGAUCUUCAUUGCUGGCGAUGCCGGUCACGUUCACUCCGCCCUAGCAGCCCAAGGCGCCAACACCAGCAUGCAUGACAGCGUCAACCUGGCGUGGAAACUGAACCUCGUUUCACGCGGGCUCGCCCCGGCAUCUCUACUAAAUACAUACUCCGAGGAACGACGGAAGAUCGCCAACGACCUGAUCGCCUUCGACGCGGGUCACGUCGCGGCGUUCGAGAAAGGCGAGACCGCCCUAGCGAGGAACUUUGAAGAGAACAUCCGGUUUAUUUCCGGUGUUGGGGCUGAGUAUGACGCUGGUGUUGUUACCAAAUCUCCUCAAAGUAAAGUGAAGGGUGGCAUUCAGCCGGGGACAUUGACCCGUCCUGCUAAGGUGACGAGGUAUAUUGAUGCCAAUCCGGUGGAUCUGCAGCUUGAUAUCCCGAUGAUGGGACAGUUUAKGGUGGUUUUGUUCGUGGGGGAUGUAGUUGGUGGGAAGAGGUUUUUGGAGGGGUUUUGUGGGGCGGAUGCCUUGGAGGGGGUGCAUUCUGUGGCAAAGGAGUCAUAUAAGAAGUGUCCUCGGGGACUGAGUGACGGGGAUAAGUAUUCUCCACUGGAAAGGUAUACCCCUGUUUCGGAGGUGGUGACGUAUGGCUUGGUGACGAGGAGUGAGAAGAGGGAGUUUGAGUUGGGAGAUUUGCCGGAAUUGUUGCAGAAGAGUCGAUGGACAGUGUAUCUGGAUGAUGUUGAAGGCGGGGAGGGGUGUACUAAGAAGUGGAUGGGAGAGAUGGAGAGGGGGCAGGUAGGGGUGAUGGUUGUGAGGCCGGAUGGGUAUGUUGGUGCAAAGGGGGUCUGGGGAUGGAGUGAGGGAGAGGGUUGCAGGGCAGCGGAGUGGGUUGGGGAGUAUUUGGCUUUGGAAGAGUAG